CAGAACAAUGUGGCUGUUCGCCGCCAUAGCAAUCUGCUGCAAUCUAUUGCAUCCAACCGUGGCACAACCCUUCCCACCGAUCGUCAACAUCACCGGAUUGGGUUGCGUUCAGGGCUCUAUCGGGUACACCGCGUGGACUAACCGGACCAUCUACCAGUUCCAAGGGAUCCCGUUCGCCGAAGCUCCGACAGGUGCUUUAAGGUUUCAGCCUCCGGUGAAGCGCGCCGGGUGGGGUGGAACCUUGGACGCAUCGCAACCAGGCACUCGCUGCCCCCAAAUAUCGGACGAUUAUGUCAACGUAGCGAACGAGGAUUGCCUGACGGUGUCAGUUUACUCCAGUAAUCUUAACGCGGCUCGUCCGGUGUUGGUUUGGAUCCACGGGGGAUAUUUCUUCUUUGGGGGUGCCAGCCUUUACCAACCGAGCUACCUCCUGGAAUCCGACAUUGUCCUGGUGGUGAUCCAGUACCGGUUGGGACCGCUGGGAUUCCUGUCGCUGCUGAACGAUGCAGUGCCCGGAAACGCCGGGGUCUUGGAUGCGAUCAUGGCUUUGGAGUGGGUGCAGCAGUACAUCGGACACUUUGGCGGUAAUCCCGUGGACGUUACGGUGAACGGAGCAUCUGCCGGAGCGGCAAUCACAUCGGCAAUGCUGCACAGUCCGCUGGUGAAGAACCGGGCAGUGCCGCUGUUCAAGCGAAUCAUUCUUCAGUCCGGAUCGAUUUUCUCUACGUUUGCAGUGUGUGAAACGCCGGUUCAGGGCAGCAUGGAUAUUGCCAGAAAUGCUGGCUGCACCGACGAAGCAACUGUUGAGCAGUGUCUCCAGCAGGUCUCGUUGGAUAAACUUUUUCAGGGAUUUCUUGUUCACUUUAGACACGUAAUCAGAAGCGCGGGAUUCCCUAGUGUUGCUGGGGCAUGUAUUGUUGUCGGUGGACCGUCCGGAUUGCUUCCAAAGCAUCCGCGAAACUACCUGGACAACGCCCCUAAAGAUGUAUCCGUCAUGGUCGGAACAGUAUCACAGGAUGGAAUGUUCCUUCUGGAUUUGUUGUUCAGACUACAGCCGGAAGCGUAUCCUACCGAUUUGACCCCCCAUGGAUUGCUUCAGUUUCUUAGACUGUUACAGGAAAAGUUCGGUCACACAAAGCUGGACGGUGCUCUGGAAGGCUAUCAAAUCUUGGAAAACUACAUCCGAUCCGACAUCGACCAACCCCAGUGGAAAGACGUCGUUCCUGGAUUCAUAGAUAUCUGCGGCAACUACGGUUUGAAAGGACCAGCACUCCUGGAUGCUCACGCCGUAUUCGCCGCCAAUCCGGACAACCCGGUCUAUCUGUACAGCUUUGACUUUUACAACGGACGGCCCCAGGAGAACCUCAGCUUUCCGUUCCCGUACACGGGCGCAGUUGAUCACAUCGAGGUGCGGCCCUACCUGUUCCCGUCGAGACAGAUGAACGAACGGGAAACCCUGAUGGCGAAAACGAUGGUCCAGCUGUGGGGCUCGUACGCCCGUUCAGGAGUGCCGCGGGCGGAUAGCAUUCCGUACUGGCGACCCGUGAAUAAACUUUACGGGCCGUACCUUCGAAUCGACGACGUCAGCGAGCAACGCAACUGCUAUCUGGCCGAGUUUCGGGCGACUUCGGAGAAGUUUCUCCGGGCAAAUGAGUGCAAGCGGAGCGAUGGUGGAUUGGCGAAGCUGUUUGAUCGCGAGGAGAUCAAAUUGUAA